ACACGCGACGGUUUGCAGCGAUCUAUGUCGGUCGCACUUAAGGUUUAGCCACGGUCACCGAUAGAUGGUGCUUCCUGCAUUUUAUAGAUGGACCAAAAAAAAACUAAUUCGGCGGACUUAUUUAGAAGCCCGUUUUCUUAGUUUAGUUUGUUUGUAAAUGUAUCCGACAAUUUUUAGCAUUUGAAUAAUUAAUUUACCCGAAAAAGACAACUAACAACUAGUCACAGAAUUGCACGAGUGGUUCCAGCAGUCUUGCGCAAUGAACUUUGUAGCAUAACCCCGAUUUCUUUGCGGUUGCUCGAGAUGGUUUGUGACAAGUGCCAGAAAAAGGUGGGCACCGUUAUCACGCCGGAUCCUUGGAAAUCGGGCGCGCGAAACACAACCGAGAGCGGCGGCAGGAAAGUGAACGAAAACAAAGCGCUCACGGCAUCGAGGAACAAAUUCAAUCCAUACACGACCAAAUUCGAAACCUGCAGAAUAUGCAGACAAAAAGUUCACCAGGCGGGGUCGCAUUAUUGUCAGUCUUGCGCGUACAAAAAAGGCAUUUGCGCGAUGUGCGGCAAAAAGCUGCUGAGCACGAAAAACUACAGACAGUCGUCCGCUUAAAACAAACAUAAUUAAUUUAAAGUGUACAUUAUAUAAUUUUAAAUGCUCCCAGCUAUCAAUCCUCCCAACAUUAUUUAAGUUUUGUAGAUAGUCGAAUAAUCUCUAAGUUAAUAUAGUAUUUGCAAAAAAAAGGUUGGCA